AUGCCACCGCCGACUUGUGUAAACCGAUAUACCCUCCAUGAUCUUUUGUAUGCCUGUUCCAUCUCCGAUGGCGUGGUCAACCUCACCAGGAGUACAUCCAAAGACGGUCAGCGUCGAACAAAUACCCUAAACAACAAACUUGAUUCGGCGUGUGCAACUGACCUUCAACCGAGAUUAGAUUCUCUUAAAGCUUCAAAAAGUGCGCAAUUACCAAAUCCACAAAUUCUUCGGGAUGUGUAUCUAAACGGAACUCUUGAGUCGGUUGCAGAGAACAUCCUGCUGAUUGAGCAGCGGCUUCUUGAUCAUCGCUCUGUAAACGAAGAAUGGCGACAGAUUUUGGCUGAAACAGUUAUGUCGUCUCCAUCUGUGAUUCUGCGGGCGGCCCUCAAUCUACCCGCCAAUAACACAGAGAAUGUUGGCGGAUCACGUCUAUACUCUCAAAUCUUUUGCGGUCUUCUCAAAAUUUGGAGUUUUGUGCUCGAUAAGAGAUUGAUUUUGAAGGACACACCUCAAUCAUACCUCUACCUCUGCGGAUUUGUCGGUCCUCGUUUUCAGGUAAGAAUUUGUUGCAUCGUCCACCACAUUCUGCCCUUUUCAUAUUCCUUGAAUUUAAUUAUAUUUGCAACGGAUGUAAACUUGUGUUUUGGUGUCCAGUUCAUUAUUCUGUAGCAAAGAAGGGGCUGAAAAGCGAGAUUACUAUGUUUAGUAAAAUAACAUACGCGGAUGUACCCCUCUAUUACUGCUUUCUAACCGUUACACUCUUAAAACCACAUUGUUAUAUUGGAAUCAAAGACAGGUUUUAUCUUCACGAAAGUAGAUGUAGAUUUACCAGGCGAGCAGCCAAUCUGAUAUCAGGUAUCUGCGCUAGACUCCGGCGACCUGGCGUGUCUACGAAUGGCGGAUAAUGGAGCACUCGACAACGGAAGCUAGGCUCGGGAUAAGCAGACUUGCGUCCAGCUGACAAGUAGUCUCAUCGGCAUCAAGACUAAGCAACUACUGAGGGAGAGUUGAUGUUUUUCAAACCUACUACCUAGAGUCCAUGAUGGAACUGCUUAACAUGAGCCGCCAUCAAGCAAGCUAUCUUUGCAACCACUACCUCCCGGACUGGACGUCCAUCGAACGGCCGAUUUGGGAACUAUAUAACCAAACUUGUAUCAUGCUCCUGGACUUCCAUUAUGGUGCUUUUCCCCCAGCCAUCAUCUCUGGGACAGCGAUGUCGAGAUUAGAACUAAUAUCUGUUAAAUUACGGGCAUUUUGUGAUAAGAAAUCACCUCUCUUCGCUGUGGUCUUGCGACCGUUUCACCAACUUGCGAUCCCUAAUCCGUAUAUUUGGUGGAACAGUGGCUACACUGUACGAUAAACGAUUGCGGACUGUUCGCCCUAGUGUAACUAAGCUUUAAUACGCAUGACUUGGAGAAGUGUCAUGGCAUCGAUUCGGUGGACUGAGGACACUAUCAGGUCAGAGACAACGCAGUCAUUGUCCUUUGACACAAGGCGUGGCAUAAUUUCGGAGCUAUCCUAUGCCUGUUGUUCCUAAAUUUGACCGCAGAUAUCGGUUGAUUAUUUUAUUCCCAAGCGGAAUAUUAGAUGCGGUCAAUCAUAGGGUACGUUCUUUUGUGACCGUAACUGACCCCUAAUUUUAAUCGGAACCGUGGUGAUAGAUACUUCCACCGUGUUAGCGCCGGUGUCGUUCACGUAGCAGAAUUAUUAUGAUGAGUGCUAGUGUUCGAAAGCGCCACACAUCGACCUUUACAUGACCUCGUCUGUGAUCAGCGCGGACAUAGGAGACCCGGUAUAUUUGUCUUUUAUCUGUUCGUAUGUCUGUUCAUUGGCAAGUUUGGAGUCCAUUCUCCGCCUUGUUGCUAAUCAUAAUCCGGCUUGUUUUAUUGGUUUCGGCAGAUCCCCACCCUUUCCCUGUACCAUCCCCCGAAAGUUGUACGUUACAACGCAUGCUGCCUCCUAUAUUUAAGUAGCAUUACUUUAUGACUUUUUCCAUUAAGUUCUGACCGAAGCAUAAACGUUUGUUUCGAUACUACUUGGUUCAUUUCAGUGCCGCGUACUGAUUAUUGUACAAUUUUGACACAGCAUGCAUUUACAGACAAAUUUAUACGAGUAAUCAAUGCUUGUUGUACGUAAUUACUUACCUAAUUUUAUUUGACACUUGCCUUACACACUGCUUUUUUCAUGAUGUUAUUGUAACCAAAUGGGAGUUCAGUGAGUAACCUAUCCCAUGAAACCCUAGCUAGAAUUCUGACUUGUACUUUCGAGUAGGAAGCAAUAUUGAUUAUAGUGCAACAUAAUGCCAAAGUACUUCAGUCCCGCCUAGAUUCUGGCAGCGAAAACUGCACUCGGCAAAAAAUUGCUACUUAAGUAGUGCGAUUUUUUCCACUGACUUUAUACCAUUAUGAAUUGUAAUAUAUUUUGUGUUAAACAUGGUUAAGAAUAAGCUUUCUUUUAGUCAUCUAGUAGUAAAUUAUGCCUUUAAAUUUUUACAUCCGAAGAAGGGAUAUCUUGCUGUUUUAAAAGAUUUUGUGAUUUUCCGAUUAGUUUUGAGCCCAACUUGUCAUUUCGUUUGAGUUUGGUGUUUUUGAACUACAAACUGCAUACACUAUGUAAGGGAAAUCGAAAAUUCUUCUAUGCUGUUAACAAGAUAUUACACGGGUUUCGUAAUUUUUUUUUAACUAAAAUGAAUCAGGUUGUAUACUUCGAAGGGAAAACUAAUAGUUGAAUGCAUACACUGCUACUUGAACGGCCAUUUCAUGGUUUCAAAAAUCCCAAUGGGAAACUUUUUAAAACCGAAGCAUGGAAUUUGAAAACAGCAUAAUCUACCAUUAAAAGAGUACAAGAAAGAAUAUAUUUGCAUUGGUCUUCCAUAAAGUAUGUUUAAUUUCAUCCGGGAAUCUGAACUCAACUGAAAAAUGCAUAGUACUUUAGUGGUCAUUUUUAUCGAGUGCGACUUUGCAGGCGGCCUAAACCUAGUGCACUCAAGACCCGGCGUUUUGGCGUGACUAAUAUAUCUUUGGAUUAGGCCGCACUAUAGCCAUUACCACGACCUCACCUACGUAGACCGUUUUGAUCAAAAAACCCUCUUACUGGAUUUCGGGAAACAUUUCGUGAGAUCCGUCUCCGUAGUCUGUUGGCUCCUGGGUCUGUUCGCGACUCCAGAAAAGCUUAGUCUGUCUUUUUGGGACAGCGCCAUUUUAUUUGAACAAGAUUGUCUAAUAGACCUGCCCAACAAUCGUGUAACAGUCCUUAAUCAUUAGGAGUGCUGGCAAGAUGUGUAUUGCUCCAACUGAUACACGGCAUAAUCCUCUGAAUCUCGAGAGAUAAUUCUGAUGCAAAUGGCUUAUGCAGGUCGAAGUGUUUAAGAGAUGCACCACUGUCGUCGGCUUGGAAGCAAGAUCGAGUGCUCCCAAAAGCUGCGUAGCUGACCCCUCACAGAACCCAUUGGUGUUGCUAGUGACUAUUACCCCCCUCCCUUCCCCUACUUUUUUCUCAGGUUCGAGAGGGGUUUUUAUUCCGGUCACCGAUGACCUUUUGGCAUUGUCUUCUUCGUAACGGAAUGAUAACAGUCAUAAGGGUUUUUCAGUUUUCCCUAAGUCAACUCCUAGAACUACGCGAAUCUCUGGUUAACUGCCAAUAACCCAGUCUUUUCCUUAUGCCUUCGCACUUAUUACGAACUUCGAGCAACCAACGACAUACAGUUUUAGUACUCAUACGGGGUGGACGACAACCCCCACAUAUACAAUGCGUGACCGAUCUCAUGAAAUGUUGGCCUGAAUUCUCAAAUGCUUUUUCUAUUAGGAAAGAUUUCUCUGGUAGGGUUGUAAUAUUGAUUAUCAUGCGGCAUGAUCCUAUAGUAUUUGAAUGCAUUUCUUUCCGGCCUGCAGAGACCACACUCGGUAAAUAAUGACUACUUACAUAGUAUGCAUUUCACACAUUGGUUUUCGAUGGUUUUAUAAAUUCAGAUAUAUUGGAAGGUAGGCAUCCCAAGAAAUAUAAGUUGAAGGCAGAGGCGUUCUUUGGGAAAAGGCACUUUAUUGCGUGAAUUUUUGACGCUGGUUCCCCAGGUCGUCGUCAGACGCAGACUGAGAGUAAAUGUGCCGGCAACAGUUAACAUCUGGCAGUGCACGCAAAAAAAUCCAUAAUCGUUCGCGUUUGCGCCCGUGAGCGGCCGCUAUUUGCGUCAAUCCGUCCCGAUUGGCUCUCGCCUCUUCCAUUUCUCCUUGAGACUUUUGUACGCGGCGUCCAACUCGAUAUGACGAUUGAUGCACGAUUCAUUCGAGUGCAUGGCCUUAAGGAACUCUCGGCCUUUCUUGAAGGGGCAGGCACCGACAAUCCGUGUUCUAUCCCAAGCAAACGUAUGCCCUGUGUCCAGGGUAUGCAUGGCUACUUGAGACAGGUGGUCUCGCCUCUUUACUGCAAGUUGGUGUUCGUGAAUGCGUGUAAAGGCGGAUUUUCCUGUUUGACCACAAUAAACUACAUCACAGGCCUCACAUGGGAUCUUGUAGAUGACUUCCUUUCUAUCUACAUAGCCGACCCUAUCCUUACGGUGUACUAUCUGAGUACGUAGUGUAGUCGUUGGUCUGUGUGCCACCAGAAUUUGGUGCCUCUUUAGGUGCCUUUCCACGAGUUCAGACUCGUUUUUGAUGUAAGGGAGGGUUCGCCAUGUAUUUGGCUUGGGCGCCUGACUGGGAAUUCUUUGUUCCCUUUCCUCUGACUCUUUCUGUUUCAUGCAUCGGCGCACAAAGUCCUUUGGGUACCCAUUUCGGGAAAAUAAUUCACACAAGUAGCUUAGUUCGGCUCGGUAGUCUUCUUCGUCCGCCUCUGCCUUCAAUUCAGAUAUAUUUUAUAGAAAACAUGCACAAAAUAGGCUUUUUUACUUAUUUGGUAUAAAAUCAUAUGUCUUCACACUUUAUACCUGAAGAAAGUGUAUAUUCAGGUUUUGAAAAAGUUUCUCAAUUCCCGGAUAAUUCUGAGCGAGAUCAGUCGUUGCAUUUCCGUCUAGCGAUUUUAGUCUACAAGGUGCAUGCUUUGCGCUUAAGGAAAAUUGUAUAUUCCCCUAUUUCUAUAAGAAUAUACCAUAUACAGUGCAUAAGAUUUUGCAGUGGAUGCGGACUAUGUUGUACGUUUCAUGCGGAGCAUUGGUAAACGGACAUUUUCGAUGCUGUAUGUAUGCACAUCGCACGGUCUUAAAAAUCUCUUAAUUAGAAACUUUUAAAACCGAAGGACAACCUUUCUUCGUGUAUAAAAUGCGAAGUUAAUGUGAUUUUCCACCAAACGAGUAAAAGGAAGCAUAUUUUUGUGCAUGUUUUCUAUAAACUAUAUUUGAAUUCAUGAGACCGCCGGAAAUCAGUGUGUAAAAUGCAUACUACGUAAGUACUCAUUCUUUACCGAGUGUGGUUGCUGCAGGAGGUCGGAAAGAAGUUCAUUCAAAAGCCGACAUCCUAGAGAGUUCGAAAUACUAUAGGAUCAUGCCGCAUGACAAUCAAGAUUACAACCCCACCUAAGAAAUCCUUCCUAACGGAAAACGCAUCUCAGAAUUUCGACCAACAUUUCAUGAGAUCGGGCACUCACUGUACUCCAUAUACGAUAUCGCGUCCAUGUAGGUUGAUUUUCGACCGACACUUGACCUAUGUAACGUGGUUUACCUAACUGGGGUACUUAAUAACGAGAAGACGGGGUUUAUUCGUCAACUUCGCUGCCAGGUGCCCGGCGUCUUCGUGGGUGGCGAACGAUGAGACGACCUUCAGCGGAGGUUAAUCGUGACUUAUGUAAACUUUCGUGUGACGAAUAGGCAACCGCGAACCAGCAACAGUAAGGAUAGCAGGGUGUGGAGGGUUGGAGUCUGAAAAAGCGCCUGCUUCGUCAGAUCCCGCUGAGUCCUUUGACGGCAUUGUGACAUGACGGUCACAAAACCCCAGUAAACUAGUUCUUGCCGGCGCUUUGCGGGCUGUACCUCCAUAUAAGUGCCAGGUUUAUGUCGAACCCCUGAACCUUCACCACGUAAAUUCCUCAAUAACAAGUUAAUUUGUGCUACGACAUCGGCGGCAGCAAGUGCGUCUGCGUCCCGGUGCAGAUGGGUUAGCUUAGGAGGAACUGCAUUCCAUAUUUUUGACCGUGAAAACUAUUCUUGCAUCUUCAACGCAAAGCCUGAUAACGCGAGCUUCUUUGCAGUACAAUGUGGACUUUGCCAGUCUCUGAAAUGUGCUGUCAGAAAUGACCCUGGUGUGGUGAUAGCAUCCACGUACGACACGACGUAAACACUGAUUGAUCAUGUCAUCCGGUUUCUGAGCCAGCUAGAUCCAAUCGCCUCUGCCAAGGUCCAGUUUAACUGUGUUCAACUGUUCGAAACCACGUUUGUUUCCAAUAGCCAGCCAUCUGGACCACCUGUAGUCGAUCGUGCCGUAUGAUAGCAUGCUACCGAAAUUAUGUCGUCAGUUUGAAACCCGCCAUCGUAGAAUGGAGACAAAAGUGUGUGCAUGGCGAGGAUUAUCAUUUGACCCCCGUCAGGACUGCGUCUUUUCGUAAACUCUGUUUAAUUUCAAAAUAGACGAAGUUCCUCAGCACGCACUGACACACGAAGUCGUAAUCCGCUAUUUGCGGCCUUUAAUACGCAGGGAUAUUGCAGUGGUAUACAGAAUCCCAGAUAGAUUUGCAGACAGCGGAAGUAAACGCAGGGCCGAACUUCAAGACGAAAAUGAGCGUCUUAGGUUUUGCUGUCGGGUAUCUGCUCGGUCAUGGUAGACAGUGAGGCCAGUGGGCAUUUUCCGCAACUUGGAUCGAACCUUCUGCCAAGCAGACCGGACAAUCAUUACGUCGAUCUUUGGAUCAACCACGCCAGCGCGCCCCUUGUCCCACUUCGUGGAAAGCCCUGGAGUCUGCGGGAGAUCCACUUGAGGAUCUGCAUACGAGUACAGGGACAUCCGCCAUGUCAACCAUUCUAUUGAAAUGUGGGAUAUGUUUCACGUUUUGCGAAGGUACUCCCCGUAUAGGCGAAUUCGAUCAUUUAUGCCUGCGCCUCAUUCCCCGAGUUCGUCUCACCACCGCGCCGAUCCCCAAAGCAUCCCUUCGAAUACAUCCCCAUUACCUACUGACUGAGAUAUGAUUCAGCCAUAUUUUGCGCUGACGUGAGGACGAAGUUGUUCGGGAUGUCAUCUCGACGGAACCCAACGCCUAUUAGUGACGGCAUCGGGGUGAGCAACUAAAUAGGCUUGCCGGUGCGAUGCUCUUCGGUCCGCAGGACUGAUGAACCAAUUGGUCGCAAUAUUUAUAACAUGCAGUUGCCGUGCUGCCACACGUCUGCAGCAACUGCUGUCUCUGCUGAUAGACUCGAGUGUACAGUUAGUGAAAUGUGUUGACAUUUACGAAUGAUUGCCAAUCACUCGCAAACCGACACCAUUUCAUGAGUCCAAUGUCUAAGUUAAUUGAGUACAAGUUUAAAAGAAUUAAAAACGUAGAAGAAAUAUUGAAGGCAGUGCUGCGUUGUUUAGAAAUGCCGUUUAGAAAAGCGCAAUAUGCCGAAAGCGUCAGAAAUGGCUCUAAUUUAGUAAACUUCGUUUUUAGACGUGUAAAAUGUAUUCUCACACCAAACACAUGGUAAAUAUGAAAGUAGAAAUAAAAUAACGUCUAAUAAUAGUGUUUCAGUGAAGUUUGCAUCCAAAUAUCGUUUAAUAAUUAAUGUGAUUUCAUAUAUGACGGUUUGUCAACAGCCUACAUUCUGAGUGUGGAUUCCAAAACAGGUUUCUGAGGAUUUGUGUUAUCCUUGACUCCUUUGAGUUUUCCGGGGUUUCGUGUUAUGCUUGACUCUUCUGGAUUAAAUGAGAUGGAAUUCAACAAGAGAAACUGGAUUUUUCUUGAUUUCACCGACGGGGACGUAUAAACACAAGUUUUCAUAAGAUGAUAUGCUAUGAGGCCGGUGGGUGCCUAAUAAAUCUAAAUAAAACUGACAGGCGCGAUCGUAAGCAUACCAUUUUGUGUUUAUAGAGAGAACUUUUCUUCCGUUAAAUUAAUUUAUACUUUCCCUUCGUUUUGGAUUACGUUGACUUUCAGACCGGCCUCGAAAUGUUGCUGAAUACUUCAUGAUUUUCAGUAUUUUCACUCGAUCGUCCAUAAAGACAGAUUCUGAAUUACCUGUCUCUUGAGAACUUUAAAAUAAGAUUAUUCUUGAAGGUAUUUACCGAAUUAUUGAGUGUUCGGGCUCUUCUUUUCAUGAAGACGGUCGUUUGCCGUGAAGACUUAUUCAAGCAUCUUACUUCAUUUUCGAGAAAAAUGCCUGUUGACAACGAGAGUCAGCAACGAAUGUGCCUUCGAUCAAUAAGAAAACUCUCCUUAAUAAGUUACCUCUUUAAGAGGUGCUUUAUUACUGCACUCCGUUGACGGAUCUCUGUGUACUUUGCAUUUUUGCACGGUGAAGCCAAGUAGACAUUUGACACUUUCGGCCGUUUCUCUCACGUUUCUAAACAAUACUGUUUUUUUCUACCGUGAACGUAAGAGCAUGCCUUCCUCUCUACAUUGAGGCCAUUUCCACUGUUUUUUGUCGCUUUUAGACUCCGUUCUUCGAUUAUGAAUGCACGGCAGAGCGCCCAUAUAAAUACUGAUAUUUUGCUGAAACUAUUAAUGUUUGGCUCUUUCUGUUUCUGAAUAAGGUAUGUGCAGAAACUAAACUGCACGAUAAAUAGCGUUUCAUAUGUUCAAAACAGGAAAUGACCACUCGGUGGUGGUCAUUUAUGUGACAUCAGGCAGAAUUUUCCGAACGGUAAAACAAUUUCAACCCAUUCAAUCGAAGGAAUUCCUAUUUGCGUUAUUACUGCACGUUAGGGCACCAAAUCGCACAGAUCUGCUAAUUUGACAUUUAGAAAUUGACAAAAUUUCUGGUCUUCUUAAAAUAACCUUUGUGUUAGCAGGUUGAUUAAGACGGUUAACAUCGGACAUAAAAUAAAUUUUCAAGUUUUGCUAAAUCUGUUUAUUAAAACGCUCGCAGGUAAAUUACUAUCCUUUCAAUGAAAAAGUCGCUCAGAUGCGUAACCGGAGUCUAGGGCAUGUAUUAGCAUAGGAAACUGCACAAAUAUAUUCCAACGUCCAGUUUCGCCAAAAUUUACUGAUAUUUUACUUGAUAUAAUUACGUAAAGACAAUUUCUGCACAAGUAAAGAACAUUUCAUUGAAGGCUGUGGAUGAGCGAACAAAAUGCGCAACGUUGAAGACGUCCAGAAAUCCUCGCAUUAGUUUCCGUUAUCGGAUUUCAUGAGGUAGGUCACGCACUGCAAGUCCAUAACGUCGGGCGUGCAAAACUCUUCUUUCAUCGAUCCUGUCUUCCUCUCAGUUGCUUCCUGGAACUCAUAUCUUCUCUCACGUUGACAACGACUCGACUUUCCGAAUGGCGCAAUUAAGGCUACCGUUGUCGCUGAUUGCACACUGUCAAACGCUGUCGUCCUACAUCUUACGCUCUGAACUAUUGUAUAACUUUCUAAACUGACUUCUUGCGUGAUAUUCCGGGGGUGUGUCGGGUAGUGGGAGAAAGAGUACUUCGAAUAAAAUGACUCAGUUUGAGAAUUGGCCAAUCGACAAAUGUCACGUCUUUCUAGCUAGCAUAAGUACAAUGUGCGAAUAGGUAGUUUCGCAAGUGCCAAAAUCCACUAUUCUUACUAUGUGAAGCGGUAGUUGACUGAAGGUCAAAUGCUUGCCGACCUUUACUUUCCUCGGUCCAUAGUGUUCUUUUCAUCUGCAAUUGUAGGAUAUGGAGUUAAAGGACUUGAGCAAAGCCAUCAUCUUGGAAACUCAGUUACUGACCAAUUAUCUACAUAUUUUCCGUUCCGCCGUUCUUGCCUCACCGCACUGGUACUUACAGAUGCUCAUCGAUGUGAUUAACGCAAUCUUCGACCGGUUGCAAUCAGGUUUGUAGACUCACACUUUUGUUGCCUGUCGAUGCUUUCCUUUAUUAUUUAAAUAUCUAACACUGACACCACCACCACCACCACCACCACCACCACCACCACCACCACCACCACCACCACCACCACUACUACUACUACUACUACUAACACCACUAGUUUUGAUGCAUGGGAUAGAAGCUCGGGAUGCAAAAGUCUGCCAACACAGCUGAACUGACAGGCUAAUCGUAAGCGCCAGGGCAUCGACUACAGGACCAAUCUCCUUCUAGAAGGGGACAUUGGCACGCGCCCUCAGGAGGUCAAAUCGCAUGCAUUUUCUGUUCGCUCCCAUACACGGCUCACAACUCACUCAGCCUACACCUAAUAAACUUCCUUAAUGGUGACGCCCUGUAAUUUCUGUUGUUUUACACCACGUUGCGACUACAAACAUAUCGCGUCUAUCCUUGGUCGCAGUACCUUAUUCACAAUGAGGGCUAACAUUCAUGGAUACGCAGUAGUUCACGGGCAGUCGACGAUUAACAUCCAGGUAGCUACACGUGCCCACAGAUGGCCCACAGGUCGAGGUCGAACGUGAUGUGCUUAGAGAACUCAAGGCCGGCAAAGACCUAGUUAUCGUGCUAGCGGACAAAGGACGCUCCACGGUUGUACUGGACAGGACAGACUACCUUCAAAAAGCCAAAGGUUUACUAGAAGACCGACAGUUCUAUCUCUCAUGUGCAACGAACCCUGUAAAAGCUCUGAUACGCGAAAUUAAUGCUACGUUGUUGGCCUUGGAGAACUCGGGUGCAAUAACACCGUCCGACAGACGCAUGGCGAGGCCCCAAGAUACGGCUUUGGCUCGAUUCUAUGGCCUCCCUAAGGUGCACAAACACGGCGUUCCUCUCCGACCCAUCGUGUCGCUCAAAGGUACCCCAACGUACGGACUGGCUAAGUGGCUGUUUCGACCGGUUGCAAUCAGGUUUGUAGACUCGCACUUUUGUUGCCUAUCGAUCCUUGCCUUUAUUAUUUGAAUAUCUAACACUGACGCCGCCGCCGCCGCCGCCACCACCACCACCACCACCACCACAACAACAACAACAACAACAGCAACAACUGGCUUUUGAAGUUCAGGAGGGCUGUGGUUCCUUAAUGUCGGUCGAAUCGGACACGAGAAAUUUCUUAUCCGACUACCGGUGCAACGCCCACCUAGACUGCCAUCACGGUCGCAGCACCGCCUUCCAUCCAUCAAAAAUUAAAGUCAUUAUCGCCUACAAUGCCUUUACGAUCCAUCUUUUCCUUCUUACUCUGUCAAUGUAGGUCGUACAAAUGGCUCACUCAACCCCUUUUGUUCACUCUCUCUCUCUCUCUCGUAGCUUCCAGUGCCGAGGAACUGAGCGUGAUUGAGUCGGCACUCUGUCCAUGCAUAGCCGCUGUCAGCCGUACAUGGGCCUCCCUCCGAGCGGAAGAGCCGACCACGCGACCGGAACUGUCACGAUGCCUGAAGGGUCUACUAGACACAAUAGUCGUUCGAAUUGCCACCUUCACAGUAGGAGAACCUCUCGUGGGCAGUGGUCAGAAGCGCAAGUGGAAGGCAGUUCCCCCGCAGACUGCAACUGCGGAGGGCAAGUCGUUGGAAGAUUUUAGGGAGCGUGGUACCCUAAGCCCAAGGAUCCGCAACAUGCUCAACUCUGGCUUGCUCUACCCUCUCCUACAGGCCAUAGACCCCUGGGCUCUACAACAGUCCAUCCUCGGCCUAAGGCCCCCCUCCGCACGUGAGGUCCUCCGGAACCUUAUUUCUUCUCUCCGAGAAAAGAACGCCACAUCGGAAGCUCCUGUUGUUUCCCGCACGCCACUUGUCCAUGCAGCCGUUGGCGGACUGGGUCUGAGGGCUAAAAUGCGCAAAAGGCAACGGCGUCGGCCUCCUACACAGGAGUGA